GCAUUUCCCAUCAGGCCUAUGGAUUGGGUGUCCAUAACAUCCUUAUUGUUGUGGCGAUAAUCCUCUUUAGUAGUAAUGGAUGCUGUAAUACUGGUAUAUAUUAUUACACUUGCGCUGAAACAUAAAAUACUUCAUUUUUAGGCCACGGUUUGUUUGAAGUAUUAUAUUGUAGAUCAAUCCUUCUCUUUCUCAGUUAUCUAGAGUAACUAAGUUAGCUAGCUAGCAUGUUAGCUGCAAUUACUGUUAGCCUCAAUAAGUUCAGAAACAAGGAGGUCAGCUAGCUAAUUUGCAAGUGUGUACGUAUUGACCUGCGGGCGGGGAAAAAUGGCAAACCUCUUCCAAAGACAAAGUGGGGACAGGAAUCAGAGGGAUGCACGACGAGAGGGGACACUCAGAAGGGCAUGAGCCGAUAAAAACGGAAAAAGGAUAAUGAUUUCGCGAUACAGUAGGAGACUAGUAUCGCACAAUCUUGAGAUUCGGGGCAUAUCCCGAAGCAGCCUUGACCAUCACCCUCUCCCAGAGGAGGAAGACAAUGACUUCCUCCCCCAGCGCCUCCUCCAUGACCUUCAGGAAGCUGUCCCCACUUACAACAGCUCGGAGACGACAUCUGCAGCCUCUCGCCGGUCAGACUGUCCAACGGCCACUACUGGAGACACGACGCGGUCCUGGUCUGGGAUCCACAGCUACACAGGGACGGGUAUCUCUACAGAGAGAAGCUCUGUGUUCUCCUGGGGCUAUGAUGAAUUUGACAAGGCGGCGUCGCAACAGGUGCAGCAGAUGUUUGAGGAGAUUGACGAGGAGCUUUAUGAGGGGCGGGGUGGGGCGCAUCUACGGGGGCUGCAAGAUGAGUGUCAUCAGUGGGCCUUCAGGUUCCCUCACCUACGGAUUCUGGGUAGUCAGCUGGUGUGUCCCAGUGACGAGGGCUUCCAGUGGUACGCCACUUCAGGGGAGGGGACCGGGACAGCCAGCAGCAGUGCAGCUGGACAAAAGGACAGCAUCAGUAGCAAGCCCCAGGACAAGGACAAGCCUGGCCCCUGCACAGAUCUGUGUGUGCAGGGUAGGAAGGCUGUGCUGUCCAGGCCCAGUGCGGAUGUUGACCACCCCCCUGGUACUCCCAGUGGAUCCAGAGGUCAUGACAGGCCCAGGGUGAUCGAGGCUGAAGGCCUGAUGGAGGAGUACCUGGCCUUUGACUGCAGGGAUUUGGAUGACAAGUGGGAGCGGGGCUGCAUGGGGGCUGGUCGGCGGCAGUACGGCCUGCCUCCGGUGUCUCCCUACCGCUGUCACAGACAGGCAGUCCUCGACCUGCUGUUUGACGAUGUGUGGCGAGAGCUGUUUGGCUGGAUGGAGGAGCUGGUCCGCAGGCACUGGGAGGGCUGUGUGUCAGAUGAUGAGAAAAAUGCAGUGAACUUCAGCCCAUCCCAGUCAGAUGCUCAGAACCCUUUCCAGCUCCUGUCCACACUGCCCACCCAGAGCAGGGUGCCCCAGCUAUCAGGAACCCCGCAACCCCAGACCACAAAAUCAAGGGGCUCAAAGCACAAGCCCAGGCGGAAAUCCAAAAAGCUGAAAAAAUCAUCCACUGUAUGCAACUCUCACCUAGAGGCAAAAUGUUGCCGAUCGACGCCAUCCACAGCGUCCAGUCGGGUUACAGUAGAGGCGGCGGUGACACAUCACAACCUCAACGAACUCAUAGUCAUCCACGGCAUCCCCCUGCAGCAGAGGAACCUGGGAUUGAUGGAGAGAGCCCAGUAUGGAGACCAUAAGGACCCUGAGGAGAGGGUGAUGACCCAUAGGCCAGGGUCCACCGUGAUUCCGUCUAGCAAGCCACGUCCUCGCCGGGUGCUAGAGCAGAGCUCCUCCUCCCUGUCCCGCCCUGCCCAGUCGGCGAGACGCCGUAACCUGCCUCCGCGCACCCUUUUGCCCCUGGUUCCCAGCCUGACGCAGUCCAGUGCCGCUGGCUCCAUGGAUGAGGUCAUCCGUGGGACUCGCCUACCCACAGCCAGUGACCGCCUGGCCUCUCCUCCGAUGCCUCUGAGCAGGAACACACUCCUUCCUCCCAUCGGCUCAGGGGACGCUGAGCCCAGGCACUCUGGACAGCACUUCAGACCUACUCAGCGGCAUAGACACUCGUCCAGUCGUGCCCACAGUGCUGUUACAGAUGAGGCAGGUAGUUUGCUUCCUCGGGAUCGGCAUCAUCAAUUGGACGUAUUCUCCCGACCCAACACCACCCACACCUACAGGUCGGACACCCCUUACCGCCGCUCCUUCACGGUGCUGGACAACAUUGGACAGGGACGUCCUGGCAGGGCAUCUGUGGGUACAGACUCUCUGGGAAUUGGAGUGACGGGCAUCAGUCUGGGCAUCAGCAGCUCCUCCUUCCUGGACUCCUUUGCCCACCACACCCUGGGCCACUCCCCCAUUGAAGAUGAGGAGGAGCCUGACACAGAAGCCCCUCAGCCAGCUCUACUGGUGCCUGUUUCAGUCCCAGCAAGCUCCCACAACCGGGGUGGCUUCAUGUCCCGCAGUAGCAGACCUGGGUUGUAGCUGCUUUGACCUCGCCCACCUCCACCUUCUCCAACCCCACUCUCCUCAGCACAGCAGGGUGCAAGCCCUGCUUCCGAUCCCAACGGUGCCCUCAAACGACACUUUAUACAGAAGCAGAUCUUUUGUACAAUGUACUGUUUGGUGUUUUUAUUUAUUGAUGCUUUUUGUUUUUCAAGAGCCUUAUUUUUGUAUUUUGGAACUCAGCUUACCUGGCUGCCAAAGAUAGUAAACUGUCUCAUUUACCACAUGUAUGUUGGUAUGUACUCUACCGUUAAAAAGUUUGGGGUCACUUAGAAAUGUCCUUGUUUUUGAAAGAAAAGCUAUUUUUUUGUCCAUUAAAGUAACAUCAAAUUGAUCAGAAAUGCAAUGUAGACAUUGUUAAUGUUGUAAAUGACUAUUGUAGCUGGAAACUGCAGAUUUUUUUAUGAAAUAUCUACAUAGGCGUACAGAGGCCUUUAUCAGUAACCAUCACUCCUGUGUUCCAAUGGCACGUUGUGUUAGCUAAUCCAAGUUUAUAAUUUUAAAAGGUCAAUUGAUCAUUAGAAAAUUGCAAAAUGGUUAUGUUAGCACAGCUGAAAACUGUUGUUCUGAUUAAAGAAGCAAUAAAACUGGCUUUCCUUAGAAUAGUUGAGUAUCUGGAGCAUCAACAUUUGUAGGUUCGUUUACAGGCCCAAAAUGGCCAAAAACAAAGAACUUCUGAAACUCGUCGGUCUAUUCUUGUUCUGAGAAAUGAAGGCUAUUCCGUGCGAGAAAUUGCCAAGAAACUGAAUAUCUCAUACUACGCUGUGUACUACUCAGCGCCAACUGGCCCUAACCAGAAUAGAAAGAGGAGUGGGAGGCCCCGGUGCACAACUGAGCAAGAGGACAAGUACAUUAGUGUCUAGUUUGAGAAACAGAUGCCUCACAAGUCCUCAACUGGCAGCUUCAUUAAAUAGUACCCGCAUAACACCAGUCUCAACGUCAACAGUGAAGUGGCGACUCCGGGAUGUUGGCCUUCUAGUCAGAGUUGCAAAGAAAAAGCCAUGUCAGACUGGCCAAUAAAAAGAUGAAGAUGGGCAAAAGAACACAGACACUGGACAGAGGAAGAUUGGAUAAAAGUGUUAUAGACAGACUAAUCAAAGUUUGAGCUGUUCGGAUCACAAAGAAGAACAUUCGUGAGAUUCACAAAAAAUGGAAAGAUGCUGGAGGCCUGCUUGACACCAUCUGUCAAGCAUGGUGGAGGCAAUGUGAUGGUCUGUGGGUGCUUUGGUGGUGGUAAAGUUGGAGAUUUGUACAGGGUGAAAGGGAUCUUGAAGAAGGAAGGAUUUCACUCCAUUUUGCAAUGCCAUACCCUGUGGACGGCUCUUAAUUUGAGCCAAUUUCCUCCUACAACAGGACACAGCUCGAAACUUUGCAAAAACGAUUUAGGGAAGAGGCAGUCAGCUGGUUUUCUGUCUAUAAUGGAGUGGCCUGCACAGUCACCGGAUCUCAACCCUAUUGAGCUGUUGUGGGAGCAGCUUGACCGUAUGGUACGUAAGAAGUGCCCAUCAAGCCAAUCCAACUUGUGGGAGGUGCUUCAGGAAGCAUGAGGUGAAAUCUCUUCAGAUUACCUCAACAAAUUGACAACUGGAAUGCCAAAGGUCUGCAAGACUGUAAUUGCUGCAAAUGGAGGAUUCUUUGACGAAAGCAAAGUUUGAAGGACACAAUUACUAUUUCAAUUAAAAAUCAUUAUUUAUAACCUUGUCAUCGUCUUGACUAUUUCCUAUUCAUUUUGCAACUCAUUUCAUGUAUGUUUUAAUGGAAAACAAGGACAUUUCUAAGUGACCGCAAACUUUUGAACGGUAUUGUAUGUACUGUGUACUGUAUCUAUGGUUUGGAUGUAUAUGUGUGAAUGUUUAUUGUCUGUUCUUUUCUCUGAUCUAUCUCUAUACUCUUAAGUGAUUCUAUGCAGGUAAUGGGAAGUCAAACGCAUUUUGCACACUGACACGCUUCGUCAGGCUGCUUUGUACUUUUCUAAGGCCAUGAUUUUUUAUUUUCCCAUGUAAAAAAGACGAGCACAAAACCUCUGGGUUUCACAUAGCAUACCUUAACAGGAGGAGACAAGACAAGCCUUAGACGCUAACUAAAUGGGUAGGUAUUUGGUGUUUUCCUCACAAGCCUUUUUGUGAUGAGGGCUUAGUGUAAGCCACAGUAGACAUGUGAGGGAAUAGAGGGGCUGUAUUAGUACUGGGACAAUUCACCUCACUGCAGUAGAAGCCAUAUGUUGUUUUCAGCAGAGGGACUAGCUGAGCCUAGAUCAGUCAGGCAAUUUUUAUAUAAAUAUGUGAAAGAUGUGUGACUAGAGGGCAUGCAGGUAACAAGUUUUAAUACAAAUUUGACCUUCUACCUUGUCUUAACUUCAAGGUUUUGUGCAGGGAAACGUGUAAGUUUUCUGCUAAAUGUAAUAGGGUUUUAUAAGCACAUUUAUGUUUCUAGUCCCUUGUGCUUAACACAAGAUAUAUUGGCGCCCCUUUGCAUUUCCAAAUUAUGACUGAGAUGGAAGGUUCUUAUGUAUAUUUUCCAAAACAGAACUGCAGGUCCCCUUCUAUUUCUAUGGCUUCAACAACACAGGAGCACCAACUAACAUGGAGGUAUUUGACUUCUUUAUAGAGUUAGGUUGCACUGAAUGGUCUCCCUUGUAGAUGGCAUUAAUAAAGCUUGAAAUGCAGCAUAGUUCUGUAUGGAUUCCUUUUGAAGUUUAUCCCAGUAUUUUAUAUAGAAUAAUAAAGAUGUGUAUUCAAAUACAUAUAAUUAUUGAA